AUCCCAGUCAGACGAUUAAAACUGUGCUUUAUAGAAAUGUCAUGUGGUCAGCACCCAGCAUCCCGAAAGAUAUUUACCUUUAGCGAAACCUCCAGUGAUGAACGGAUAACAAUUUGGAUUCCAGAGGUACUGGAUCCGAGCUAUGGGAUGUACACCUGGCCCUGUGCUCCAGUGUUAGCACAAUAUGUUUGGACUAAGAGGGAACUUAUCCAAGGCGCGUCAGUGUUAGAGAUUGGUUCUGGAACUGCUCUGCCAGGGAUAAUUGCCGCGAAAUGUGGAGCCAAUGUGAUCCUCAGUGAUAGUGCCAACCAGCCACGAUGUUUGGACAACUGCCGGGCUUCCUGUAUGGCCAAUGGACUGUCUGAUGUGCCAGUCAUCGGCCUGACGUGGGGACUUUUUGAGCAGAGUUUGUUAGAUCUACCUAAAGUUGACUUUAUACUUGGCUCAGACUGCUUCUAUGACACCAAAGAUUUUGAGGAUGUACUUGUGACAGUGGCUUUUCUUUUAAACAAAAAUAAGAAAGCAGAAUUCUGGAGUACCUAUCAGCAACGAAGUUCUGACAGGAGUAUAGAGUUUUUACUGAAGAAGUGGAGGCUGACUUGUACCCAUGUUUCUCUGGCCAUGUUUGGAGCCAACGUCCCACAGCUGGCUGGGUCAGAUCUAACUGGCAACCACACCAUACAGAUGUUGGUCAUCAAAAGUCAUAUUCAAGAGACUGAUGACUGAACACUCACUAGGCAACAAGUGCACAGACAUUUGGUUAUCACAAGUCAUGGUCAAGUGACUUCUGACUGACCGUUGACCACAGACACUUUGUACAGAUGCAGAUCAUCACAAGUCAUGGUCAAGUGACUUUUGACUGACCGUUGACCAGGGAAACUUUGUACAGAUGCAGAUCAUCACAAGUCAUGGUCAAGUGACUUCUGAUGAACCAGGGACACCCUGUACAGAUGCUGGUCAUCACAAGACAUGGUCAAGGGACUGGUUUUCUCCACCGAUAUGUCCAGAGAUUUUACCCCACCAUGCAACUGCUGGUCUGAACAAGUAACAGAGGCCAUAGGAAUAACCACUGAGGUGGCAAGUAAAAUGCUAGUUACCGGAUGUCGGAGGACUUUAAACUAACUGUCCAUUGAACGACAACACCUGACAGAUACCUGUUAUCUAAGGCUACUACCAAACUUUAUUGGCCAUUCACUGAACAAUUACAUUCUGUAUCCUGGUGUUCAGAUGGUUAAUUGAGAGACCAGCUUCUCAGUUACAGUAUACCAGAAAAUAUUUCUAGGUUUCUGAGAUUUUCCCCAAUACAAAAAUAAAACAACACAUGAGUUAUUGUAAGUUUUAUUAUCACUUUACAGGACAUCCCGUCUUAAGUUUACAACAUAUCAAUCAAAUUAAAACUGAAAUCAUCAGAAAUAAAACACAGAAUAAAGCAUGUCCAGUAUCAACAUUAUUAUUGUCCAACUAUACACGUUACCAAAUCAGAGUUAUGUCCCCUGGGGUUUGUUGUGAAGAGAACUUGUAUUAUGGUAGUUAUGUAUGUUUUACACUUGU